GCAUCAGCAGCCACAAAACACCACACACAAGACGCACAACGAGAGAAGAAGGAGAGGGAAGAACAAGCAAGCAAGCGAAGUGUGCAGAAGCGCAGACCACCACACCCCCUCACUGUCGCUGUCGCUGCUGUUGAACACGAUACGCACCACCGCCUGUGCAAGCCAUGAGUGAGCUGUCAUUGGGAUCGUUGCGGGUGCCGCUGUCACUGGACCUGCCGCCAGUGGAGGUGCCAGAUGCGGUGAGGACUGGCCUCAAGUGGGCGGGCAUCGUGGUUGGUGCUGGCGCAUGCACCGUCAUGGCCUACCACACUGUUGCCGCCAUCGUCUGCCGCCCCGCUCCCUGGUUCUCCUUCAUCUCCUACGGAAAGACCAAGAUGACGACGCCGUAUUCGUUUGAGGACCCGCGCUUCUACCCGCGCGCCCAGCUGCCGUGGCUCGGGCAGCUCGAGCAGCACUGGGAGGAGAUCCGCGACGAGCUGCAGGCCUUCCUGCGCACCAUGCCCGUCCCCUUUGUGCCCUACUUCCGCCCAGACCUCGUCAACAAGGCCGGCGCGUGGAAGACGCUCGGCCUCAAGGCGUGGGGGCUCGAGGAUCGCGCCAUCAUGCAGCACUUCCCAAAGACGUGCAAGGUUCUGCGAGACCUCCCCGUGCCCGUUGUCGGCGUGUCGUUCAACCACCUCGAGGCGCGCGGCGUGGUGAAGGCGCACCAGGGCAACACCAACGCCAUCGCCCGCGUGCACCUGGGCCUAAAGGUGCCCAAGAACAAGACGGAGGACUGCUACUUCAAGGUGUCGAGUGAUAUCCGCCCCUGGCGCGAGGGGCAGGCCUUUGGGUUCUGCGACGCGCACUGGCACACGGCGUUCAACGGCGCUGACGAGAGCAGGUACAUCCUCCUCUUCGACGCCAUCCACCCGGAGUACACGCACAUGACCACGUACAUCUGCGCGCGUGUUGUUGCGGACCUGGCACUGCAGUACUUUACCGGCCGCAUUCGCCUGAUCCAGUGGCUCACCAAGGUUGCGCCCACCCCGACACGUCUUGUCCUCUACAACACCUUUGUUCCCGUCUUCCACGUCCUUCUCCUGAUCAACCCAGACUUUCUAUCCUUCUUCUCGUAGUGUGAUUGCGUGUGUGUGUGUGUGUGGGUGUUAUGUGUGUGUGUGUGUGCGUGUACAUGUGUCUGUCUGUCUGUUUAUGUCUGCGUGUGUGUGUGUGUGUGCGUGUGUUUUGUGUGUGUGUGUGUGUGUGUGUGCGUGUGUGCGUUAGUGUGCGUCAAUCUUUUGCUCUUUGGAGACGCGCAGCCCCCUUCCCCACCCACAGCCGUGCUUGUUUCGGCAGCUUGCUUGCUCGCUUGCUUCUUGUAGCCAUUUGUCGGUUCUCUUUGUCACAUUGAUCGCCUUGACGCUGCGUCGUUUGCGCCUGCUGCUGUAGCCUUCAGCUUUUCUCCACCACCUCCACUUCCUUGGCUCCUCUUGCUUCACAUCCACCAUCAUCAACAACGCUCGUUCGCUUGUGAGCGUCGCCUGUGUCCCGCCAUCACCGCUUAAACGACUUGGAAGCUCCCGCAGAUAGAGACACACAAACA